GGAUUCUCACUUCCCUUUUUUCUUCUUCGUUUUUCUCGUGCCUAUAAAUUCGCAUCUUUUCGUCUGCCCCCUCUGGCGCACGUCUCUGAGCCUAAUUAGUUUUCUGUCUACUCUCCUCUUCGCACCUUUUCUCAUACAGAGCCAUGUCGGACGAGGAGCACCACUUUGAGUCGAAGGCCGACGCGGGAGCUUCCAAGACUUUUCCGCAGCAGGCUGGAACCAUCCGUAAGAAUGGUUACAUAGUCAUCAAGGGCAGGCCUUGCAAGGUUGUUGAGGUUUCAACCUCAAAGACGGGAAAGCAUGGACAUGCUAAAUGCCACUUUGUUGCCAUUGACAUUUUCACUUCUAAAAAGCUUGAAGAUAUCGUCCCCUCUUCACACAACUGUGAUGUUCCCCAUGUCAACCGUACUGACUACCAGCUCAUUGAUAUCUCUGAGGAUGGAUUUAUUAGCCUGCUGACGGACAGUGGUAACACCAAGGAUGACCUGAGGCUUCCAUCGGAUGAGAGUCUGCUGUCCCAGAUCAAGGAUGGCUUUGCGGAGGGGAAGGAUCUGAUUGUGACUGUCAUGUCUUCAAUGGGAGAGGAGCAAAUCUGCGCUCUCAAGGACAUUGGCCCAAAAUAGAUUCUUUUGAUGAAUAGAAAGCAGCAAAUUUUUUGGCCUC